AAGCAUGAGAUCUAAUGGCCAGUGGUGGGCAAUGUAUCACUCUCUUGACUCCAUGAGCCAUGGUUUCUGGUCUCAGAAGUUCCACUCAGAUGAACUUCUCUACAGGACAGAAAGAAGCUGGGAGCUGACCGGUAAUAGACAUGAGGCGACUUCUCCUGAUUGCUAUCCUGGGGGCGGGCGCUCUGUCUGUCAUCCACGGCAGCCUGCUCAACUUCAAGGUGCUGAUCGAGAGGAUUACCCACAAAAACGCCCUCAUCCACUUCAACGGGUACGGGUGCUACUGCGGAAAGGGCGGGAGAGGGAAGCCGAGGGACCAGACAGACAUGUGCUGCUAUAAACAUGACUGCUGCUAUGAGGGUCUACACAGCCGGCAGUGCCACCCAUAUAUUGAUCACUACAGAUACCUGAUCAUCAAUGACGAUGUUCUCUGUGAGUACAGAAACAAUUCCCACUGUGCCAUGUUGGCAUGCGAAUGUGACCGGCGUGCGAGCCUCUGCUUCCGAAAUAAUGCCAACACGUACAACAAGAAAUACCACCGUUACCCCUACGUCUUGUGCAAAGAAAGGACCCCUAAAUGUCGAGGCAGCAAGAAGCCAAAGUAGGAAAACCCGAGAAGCAGGCAAACCGGAUGUGGGCUUGUUGGAGAGGAUUGCUUUGAGGGGGCAAUCUCUCCCGUGGGAAAGAGGACCAGAGCGGAAAUGCAGGGGGGUUUUGUGUGUGUGUUUUUC